AUGUUUUUGUGUCAAUAUUGGCGCAGUUUGAUUCUAAAUCUAUCAUCAUCAAUCGAACAUUUACCUGAUCUUAUUACUACAACUGCUGGUCAACAUGAAUCGUCGAGAUCAAUAGAUAACAUAAGAAGAAUGGCGUGUUCAUCACCAUUACAACAGCAAUAUUCGAGUUUAACCGUACUCGAUGUUUACGAUGAAGCCGCUUUGAUUGGCAAAGAUUUUGAACGUAUUAUUGAAGCCUAUGGCACAGAAACUAUUCGUGAUCUUGUGCCAAAAGUGAUUCGUAUACUUGAGUUACUCGAGUUACAGGCGGCGAAGAAUGAAAAAGACGAAGAUGAAUUUGUGAAGAUGAAAACUCGCAUUGAACGUUUGGAGACUGAAAAAUGUGAAACAAGAGAAUUACGUGAAAAAUUCGAUCGUGAACUUGAUCUUGUCGAAGAACAGUGGAGAAAAGAAGCCGAUAAUCUGAUGACAUUAGUUUCUAAAUUACAAGAUGAAAAUCGACGAUUACGUGAUGAACUCGAACGAAAUAAUGAUUUCCAUAAUAAAUCCGAUUUAGCCAGUCCAUCCGAAUCGAUCAGUAUUACUCGUGAAGAACUUGAAUGUAUAAAAAACUUAACCGAAGAAAACAUUCGAUUGAAACGAGUUUUGAAAUCGAAAGAUAAAGACUUAAUACAGAAGACGUUGAAUAUCGAAGCGGUUCAAGCCCAGCUCGAACGCGUCUGUAAAGCAAACUGUACAUUACGUCAAAAGAAUACGUUUUCCGCGAAUCAAACUCAACGGUUAUUGGUGGAAAAGUUUGAUUUAGAAGUACAACUGAAAGAAAAGGAAAAUUAUAUCAAUCAAAUGAAAGAUCGAAUUGGUGAUGAUUUAGCAAGUCCAAGUUCACCGACGAAACCAAUUAAUGAUUUCACAACACUCGAAGUCAAUCAGCCAAGAUUUACACUUGAAGAACUGCGUCAAGUGUUAUGGGAGCGAAAUGAUUUGAAAACAAAAUUAAUGGAAGUCGAAGAAGAAUUACGAUUAUUCAAAGAACAAGAAGAAGAUGAAGACGGAAAUGCAGCAGUUGAAGGUCCAAUUCCAUUAGAACCCGACGAAAAGUUAUAUGGUUAUAAACGUGAUGAAUCCAAAGUCCGACAAUUUAUGAAGAUUUGUUUGUUCUUCCCUACUAUUGCUUGCUUCGCAGUUGCCUCAUUUUGACUAUCCUCAGUUAGCCUGCAGCCAGCAAUCGAUAUCUUACGAUCUUUAUUUUCAUCAUCGAAAACUUCAUCUUCACCAGAAGAAAGAUCAACCGUUGAUUCUUUAACCAAUCCGUCCACCCCUGUAUCGACAAAUCAUAGCGUUACCCAAUCUCAACCGACAUUUUCCACUCCAUCCACGCAAACGAAUGGUUCAGGAUCGAAACGACUUUCCAUGGAAAGUCUAUUUGGUAGCCAACGAAAGACAGCGAAACCUCCGAUUUCAUUACUAUCUCCGCCACCCUCCGAAUAA